AGUUCGGUCUCAGGAUCCGUGCGCAGUGCUUUCCGAUCCCUCGACACGCCGAGGGUUUUUGUUCGUUGGUUCUGAUCAUUUUUUUCUUGACACACGCACGUCGAAGCGGUCGGUUGCGGUGGUGAUUAUGAGAACUUGAAUACGGGUGAUUUAUUUAUUUAUUUUUUGGCUCAACGAUUUGUGUGUCAUGUACAGACUGUGCCGCCUGUUGCUGUGAUUGUGCCAUUUUUUUUUAUUAUUAUUUAAGUUACUACGACUGUUGGGAUUUUAGGAUGCCGCGAGUUGCCAUUCUGCCCCAAUACACGAACGUGGCGGGCGAGACGCCGCCCCGUUCGCCAACCCUCAGCCCGGCCAGCAGUCCGGUGGCCGGGAUCUCGUCCCGGAGCGCCAGCCCGUCGUCGCCCCGAUCGCCCCUGUCGAAGUCCCGGCACUCCGCCUUCUCUCUAGUCCACCCGAAAGAUUUCCAUCGCAGCAACAAGAACUACCUAACGGUCAACGGCAUGAGCGCGUUGAUGUAUGCGAAUUCCCUAAACCACUUGGUGACGUCCCCGUAUCACCCUUACAUGUGGCAUCCAAUACCCGGCCUCUUCCUCCCCUAUUCGCCCGCCCAUCGUCCCGAGUCCCUGAGUCCGGAACGUGCCACCUCAUUGGACCAAACCUACAUGCCGGAAAAGGCGAAAAUAGACGAAGAUGCCCCCCUAAACCUGUCGAUGAAGGGUAGAUCGAGGACCCACAGCAUUUGGUCGCCGGGCAGCCUGUGCGAGCAGGAGAUGAAGACGGUCGAGAAGGCCGACUCCAGCCUGGGCUCGACCAUCCUUAGUCCCGUCAAGAAGUUCGACAGCCGGUGGAAGUGGGAGCAGGAACGGGAGCUCCAAUCCAAGACACACACGAUCGGACCAUCGGGGGAGAAACAGUUCACGUGCCAACAAUGUGGAAAAUCCUUCAAAAGAUCUUCCACCUUAUCCACACACCUGCUGAUCCAUUCCGACACAAGGCCGUAUCCUUGUCAGUACUGCGGAAAGCGGUUCCAUCAAAAAUCGGACAUGAAGAAACACACAUACAUCCACACUGGCGAAAAACCUCACAAGUGCGUCGUGUGCUCGAAAGCGUUCAGCCAAUCGUCAAAUCUGAUAACGCACAUGCGCAAGCACACGGGCUACAAGCCGUUUUCCUGCGGCCUCUGCGAAAAGGCAUUCCAGAGGAAGGUCGACCUGAGGAGGCACAGGGAGUCGCAGCAUCCCUCCGUCCCCGAAUCGGUCAUCUCGAGCGUCUACAGGCCGACGGACGUCCGCAUGGACGACGUCAAGUCGGAGGUCAGCAGCAGCAGCUAAGAGUUUGCCGGGGAGACCGCCCACGUUCCUUCUCCACGCUCGCCCGAUUGUUGAUGUUGAUGUUGUAAAUGCGGGGCCAAAGUCGGAUGACGUACUCGUGCCAUUUUGAUGCCCGUGAUCGACGAAGUGCCAUCUUCAAUGUUUAGUCUCGGCCAUUGAGUUCAUUUUGCCAUAAACGUUUUGCCGUCCAGACGAUGAUGAAAUUUUAGCGGACCAAAGCAAGAAAUACGCUUAGCGACUGUACUGUUUUUAUGAUAAUUCGUUAGUUUUAUUGUGUUGAUUGAUAAUUUUUGGGGGGAAACACGAGGUACAGCUUAAUUAUAUUGGUUUAUUGUACAUAGAGUUUUUUUUUUUGGGACUUAAAUACCAGUCUAGUCUAAGGAUUUUUCGUUCGAGAAUGGAUCGUUACCGUUUGUUUGUAUAAAGUGCAAAUAGUGUCCAAAUUAUAUUUUGUUACCCAAGCUCUGUAAAAAAAAUGUAUAUUUCAGACUUAUUAAAAAUAUUAAUAAAUA